CACUGCUUUGCACUCAGUUUGCCAUUUUGUAACACACACUUUGCAAAACUGUAGGCACAAUUCACUGCACAACACUCUUUUUGCAGAACUGUAAACACAACUCACUGCUUACACUCAAUUACCAAAUUUCCAACACACUCCUAGCAAAGGUAAGCUGUCUAUGUGGAGUACAAUGGAAGGAGCUGCAAGAGUGAGAAGAGUGAGAAUCGGAGGAGGCCGAGGGAGAGGACGUGGAGGUGAAGAAGUUGGAGGAAGAGGACGUGGAGGAGCAAGAAGAGGACGAGGAGGGGAAAGAGGAAGGGUAAGAAGAGUAAGAAAUAGAAUAACUGAUGACAUCAGAGCUACAAUAGUGGAUCAUGUCAUCAACCAUGGGAUGACCCUGAGGGAAGCUGGCCAACAGGUUCAGCCUAAACUGAGCCGCUACACUGUGGCAGGCAUCAUUAGGACAUUUCGAAAUGAGAAUCGAAUUGCUAGACGUCCAGAUGUUGGAGGCAGAGGCAGAAUGUUCACUCCAGAGCAAGAGACCCAUAUAGUGAACAUGGUGAUUGCCAAUAAUGCAAUAAGACUGCGCAAAAUACAGCAGCGCAUAAUUGAUAAUGACACCAUCUUUCAAAAUAUACACAGUGCAAGCAUUUCUGCACUAAGUUGUGUACUUGCGCGCCACAGAAUAAGAAUGAAGCAAAUUCCUUUCGAGAGAAACACAGAACGUGUAAAGCAACUGCGAUAUGACUAUGUGCAGAGAGUGAUGGAACUAGAAGCAGAUGCAAUGGGACAUGAGCUACUUUUUGUGGAUGAGGCCGGUUUUAACCUCAGUAAAACCAGGAGACGUGGCAGGAACAUUAUUGGACACCGUGCCAUCAUCAAUGUCCCAGGACAACGUGGUGGUAACAUAACAUGUGUGCAGCUAUAAGCCAAAAUGGUGUUGUUCACCAUCAUGCAACCAUAGGCCCAUACAACACUGCACACAUUAUUGCAUUCCUGGACACCUUGCAUGACAUGCUCACUGUUCAGAGACCAGAGCAGACCCGAUAUGUCAUCAUAUGGGACAA